UGUUAUCUCUUUUUUAUGACUUUAGAGAUUAUUGGCAACUGUCAGCAAAAAGUCAAAUCCAACCUGAAGAAGAAGUUUCAGUGUUUAUUCGAGACAAUCACAAAAGCAGGAAACCCAACCCUUCUGAAUCAGAUCUACACCGAGCUCUACAUCACAGAGGGAGGGACUGCAGGGGUCAAUGAUGAACAUGAGGUCAGACAGAUUGAAACAGCCUCCAGGAAACCAGCAACACCAGAAACAACCAUCAGACAAGAAGACAUCUUUAAAGCCUCACCUGGAAGAGAUGAACCAAUCAGAACAGUGAUGACAAAGGGAGUGGCUGGCAUUGGGAAAACAGUCUUAGCACAGAAGUUCACUCUGGACUGGGCUGAAGACAAAGCCAACCAGGACAUACAGUUCACAUUUCCAUUCACUUUCAGAGAGCUGAAUGUGCUGAAAGAGAAAAAGUACAGCUUGGUGGAACUUGUUCAUCACUUCUUUACUGAAACCAAAGAAGCAGGAAUCUGCAGGUUUGAAGAGUUCCAGGUUGUGUUCAUCUUUGACGGUCUGGAUGAGUGUCGACUUCCUCUGGACUUCCACAACAAUGAGAUCCUGACUGAUGUUACAGAGUCCACCUCAGUGGAUGUGCUGCUGACAAACCUCAUCAGGGGGAAACUGCUUCCCUCUGCUCGCCUCUGGAUAACCACACGACCUGCAGCAGCCAAUCAGAUCCCUCCUGACUGUGUUGACAUGGUGACAGAGGUCAGAGGGUUCACUGACCCACAGAAGGAGGAGUACUUCAGGAAGAGAUUCAGAGAUGAGGAGCAGGCCAGCAGAAUCAUCUCCCACAUCAAGACAUCACGAAGCCUCCACAUCAUGUGCCACAUCCCAGUCUUCUGCUGGAUCACUGCUACAGUUCUGGAGGAUGUGAUGAAGACCAGAGAGGAAGGAGAGCUGCCCAAGACCCUGACUGAGAUGUACAUCCACUUCCUGGUGGUUCAGACCAAAGUGAAGAACAUCAAGUAUGAUGGAGGAGCUGAGACAGAUCAUCACUGGAGUCCAGAGAGCAGGAAGAUGAUUGAGUCUCUGGGAAAACUGGCUUUUGAUCAGCUGCAGAAAGGCAACCUGAUCUUCUAUGAAUCAGACCUGACAGAGUGUGGCAUCGAUAUCAGAGCAGCCUCAGUGUACUCAGGAGUGUUCACACAGAUCUUUAAAGAGGAGAGAGGACUGUACCAGGACAAGGUGUUCUGCUUCGUCCAUCUGAGUGUUCAGGAGUUUCUGGCUGCUCUUCAUGUCCAUCUGACCUUCAUCAACUCUGGAGUCGAUCUGAUGGCAGAAGAACAAUCAUGGAUGACUGGACUUUGGACCUCUCUGUUGUCUAAAGUAGUUGGAGAAGGCUCUAAACCUAAACAAAUACACCUCUACCAGAGUGCUGUGGACAAGGCCUUACAGAGUCCAAAUGGACACCUGGACUUGUUCCUCCGCUUCCUCCUGGGUCUGUCACUGCAGACCAAUCAGACUCUCCUACGAGGCCUGCUGACACAGACAGGAAGUAGCUCAGAAACUAAUCACAAAACAGUCCAGCACAUCAAGGAGAAGAUCAGUGAAAAUUUGUCUCCAGAGAGAAGCAUCAACCUGUUCCACUGUCUGAAUGAACUGAAUGAUCGUUCUCUAGUGGAGGAGAUCCAACAGUACCUGAGUUCAGGAAGUCUCUCCACAGAUAAACUGUCUCCUGCUCAGUGGUCAGCUCUGGGCUUCAUCUUACUGUCAUCAGAAGAAGAUCUGGACGUGUUUGACCUGAAGAAAUACUCUGCUUCAGAGGAGGCUCUGCUGAGGCUGCUGCCAGUGGUCAAAGCCUCCAGCAAAGCUCUGCUGAGUGGCUGUAACCUUUCUGGGAGAAGCUGUGAAGCUCUGUCCUCAGUUCUCAGCUCCCAGUCCUCUCAUCUGAGAGAGCUGGACCUGAGUAACAACAACCUGAAGGAUUCAGGAGUGAAGAUGCUAUCUGCUGGAUUGGCAAGUCCAUAUUGUACACUGGAAACUCUCAGGCUGUCCGGCUGUCUGGUCACAGAGAAAGGCUGUGUUGCUCUGGCCUUGGCUCUGAGCUCCAACCCCUCCCAUCUGAGGGAGCUGGACCUGAGCUACAAUCAUCCAGGAGACUCAGUGACUUGGAUGCCAACACUGGAAAAGCUGCAUAUCCGUACAGACCAUGGUGGAGAGCAGAAACUGAAACCUGGCAUGAGGAAAUAUGCCUGUGAACUCACACUGGUCCCAAACACGGCACACAGAAACCUCAAACUGUCCCACACCAACAAGAAGGUGACGAGGGUGAGGAAGGAACAGAAAUAUGCUUAUCAUCAGGAGAGAUUUGACCACUGGCCUCAGCUGCUGUGUAGAAAUGGUCUGACUGGUCGCUGUUACUGGGAGGUGGAGUGGGAGGGAGCAGUUCAUAUCGCAGUGACCUACAGAGGGAUCAGAAGGAGAGGAGAUGGAUAUGACAGCAGGUUUGGAGGCAAUGACCAGUCCUGGUGUCUCUACUGUUCUGAUGGGCGUUACUCUGUCUGGCACAAAAAUGAAAAAACAGACCUCAGCCCCUCCUCCUCCUCCUCCUCCUCCUCCUCCUCCUCCUCCUCCUCCUCCUCCUCCUCCUCCUCCUCUUCCUCCUCGGUCUCUCACAGAGUAGGAGUGUACAUGGACCGUCCUGCUGGCACUGUGUCCUUUUACAGCAUCUCCCCUGACAAACAGAUCCACCUCCACACCCUCAACACCACGUUCACUGAACGUCCUGUUGCUGGAUUUGGAGUCUUGAAUCUUGGUUCAUCUGUGUCUCUGUUGUCUGUUUGAGGGAGAGUGUCCUCCUGUGGAGAGAAACAGGAAGGACUUCUGGUUAAUGUUUCCUAUAUACAUCAUACCAGCAAGGCCAUUUUGUUUUCAACAUUUGUAGGAACACAUGGGACAUAGUGACAUGAUGACAUGAUGACAUGAUGACAUUUUUG